AUGACUUCCAUUUUGUGUCUGGCCCAUUAUUGCGACACCCAUGGGCCGACGCCCUUGAUGGUGACCGAGGGUCUCCCGGUCCCUUGUGGAUUAUGUUCCGACGACGACGACGACGACGAUCUCGACCUCGACCUCGGUCUGGGCACGCGGCGGUCUAGUUCGAGUUCGCCAUCUGUGGCCUCAGAUGUUCGACCGUCUCUAAGGCGCAGUGGAAGUGGGAGGAAUCCUGUAUCUUCGGACAAGGAGAAUGCAAACCAGCUGGUGCUUCAGAUACCGGGCAUCAAGAAUCCAAGCGCUACAGCCGGGACUGCGCCAGGAAGUCCUCGAGUUGUAGCUUUGCAGAAUGGGCUGAACGUGAACAAUCAACGGGAUUCGAGCUUUCGAAAGACCUACGAUGAGAACGACAAGAAGAGGGCCAUCCCUUGCGAGAACUGCGCUCUCACACUGCCAAAGAAGACGAAUGAGGGCUCGGAUUCAAGUGGCCCCAUGUUCACUAACAGCGGUCCUAUUCUACGCACCCGUAAACCCUAUGAGAGGGUGUUCACAGGCCCAGUGGAAGAAGCCUCGCCGCCCAAAUCCGACUCAUCAGAAUCCGACGACUCGGAGACGGCGGUGACCUCAAAUCCACGACCAAGCUCCUCGAGCAACUCCUCCUUCUCCUCCAGGAUCUCACAUACCCACUACAUAGACUACACUUCUACACACGAACCUCUGGCUCCCAGCUCCUUCUCCAUCGUCCGCCAGUCCUGCCUCCGCACCCUCUCCUGCGAGACCCUCCCUCCAUCCUCCAACCAGUUCACCUCAUCUCUUUCCUCCCCCUUCAUCAACAGCCCCUUCUCCUCCGGCCCCACGGGCUCCACGUCCUCGGGCGGACCGAUCUUCUUUGGCGAUCCCCUGGCCGGCUACACCACCGCCUACAUCCUCCGGAUUCCCGACCCAACAGCCCGCGGCCGCCGCCGCGUCUACGCCCUCAUGGCACUCUCGACGCACCGCGAGCGCCUCGCAAUGCAGACCUUCUCCUUCCUCUCCGCCGCCUUCCGCGAACUCGCAGCCUGGAUCCAAGAUCUCGCAGAAGCAGAACUCGAGCGCCACGAGAGCAGUCCGCGGGCCGCGGACGAGCGGUCCCCGCCGGGAAACCACAGCACGCCGACGUCCUCGUUCCUGUCGGGCCGCAGCCGGCGGCCGGACGGCAAAGCUGGCAUGAGUCUGCGGGCGCGCGGACUCGCGGAGCUGGUCGGGCUCCCGGACUUCUUCAUCGAGCUGCACGCGCGCUUUGUGAGGCUGCUGGCUGAGCUGGGCUUGUUGCUUGGUCUGUAA